AGAGACGUCAGCCGGAGAGCCGAGGAGGCGUCUUCACUCAACUUUGGAGCUAUUUUACCUUCGGCUGGCUCUUCAGCACCACGGUCAGCGCUCACCUCCGGACACAGCCCAGCGCAUGUUUACAGCGAUGUUACAGAGGAACGGAUCUCAGCUGCUUCUCCUCAUAGCGCUCUGCAGCAUCUUCUACUCGCGGACUUUCAGUUUACCCUACUCCUCAAUGAGAGCUGCGAGACACGCGGACGGUCUCUUCACCAGUGGAUACAGUAAACUGCUGGGUCAGCUGUCCGCCAGGCGCUAUCUGGAGUCGCUGAUCGGGAAGAGAGUCAGUGAUGAUCUGAUGGAAGACCAGGCGCCAGUGAAGCGUCACUCAGAUGCAAUAUUCACAGACAACUACAGUCGCUUCCGCAAGCAGAUGGCUGUGAAAAAGUACCUGAACUCCGUCUUAACAGGAAAGAGAAGUCUAGAAGACCCUCCCAAUGAGCAGGAGGAAUCCACCGGAGGAGAGACCACCUACCGGGAGAGCUACGACGAUCUCACUGUAGAUGAACUUCUGAACCAUAUACCACUGCCGCUCUGAGGACGACCACCCGAUAAGGAAACGCAAUUACCGGCGACUGUCAUAGACAUUCCAUAUCCAGAUAAUAGUAAAGGAUAUCAGCAUUUAACUCUGAAACAAUGUGUCUCGACAUAACAAAAAAAAA